AUGAAUCCCCACCAGCAGAACAAGGUCGACCUCAGCAAACUCAACCCAGAGGAACAACGGCUAUUCCGCUUGUAUGGCAAACUUCCUAACAAGAAGGACCUGAUACAAAACAAGCUCAAGGAACGGAAGUACUUCGACAGCGGAGACUAUGCCCUCUCCAAGGCCGGCAAAGCCUCAGAUCUCGGCCUCACUGAAAUCGGUCGCGAGCAUCCUGUACCCGAGAAGAUCCCGCACAUAGCUCCACUCGCAUCACCGCACGGCAGCAACACUCACAACGGCCAGAACAAGGAUCAAGCUAGCGCCAGUCCCGUCAAGGAGCACGCUUUCCUGCACCGCGAAUCCAGCCUACACCGUGAGGCAAGCGCCGACGACUUCGAGGACGAGCAGCAGCCGCAACAGCAAGAAAACACCACCACCACCAAGUCAUAG